UUGUGUUUACGAGAAGGGUUCUUCAAAAAUGGAACCAGGCUUAGGCCCACGUCCAUGCGGGCCACCUGACAUGACUCCAUAUGGCUGCUGUAUGUUUAACAGUCCAUUUGAAACAUCGGCUCAACUGUAUUAUGACCCAUCUACUGGGACAACUGGGUUUUUCAAUAGGAAACCAACCAAUAAACUUGGUGUAUCGGAGGAUCGUGGAAAGAACACUUCAAUGGACCGGCAUCUCGACGAAAGCUCUUCCCCAUCAAAUAAGAGUUCAUUCACGGACCUCUCGGAUGGCUGCAGGAUAAAUAUUAGCAGACCACAUACUGUAAAGCAUGAAGAAAACUUGAGGAAAAGUAUGAAUAUACAACCUAGUGUCGAUCUGCUCCUGAUUGGAAAAACCGGAAAUGGCAAAAGUGCGACUGGAAAUUCCAUUGUAGGAAAACGAAAGUUUGCGAGCGAGUCCGGUACAUCUUCUGUGACGAAAGAGUUCGACGCCGAUAUCACAGAACACAAGGGUCGUCAGAUUAAAGUCGUGGAUGGUCUGGCAUUUUGUGACACAUGGCUGGAUAAUGAACGGUCAGUUGAGCAGUUGAAUGAUGAAGCAAAAUUGGCUCUGGCAGCCAAUCCUGAAGGCUAUCAUGCUUUUCUUCUCGUCCUGAAAUACGGCAAUAGGUUUACACGUGAAGAACAGGAGUCGGUUGUGUUGUUAAAGAAAAUAUUCGGAGAUGAUUUCGUUCAAACCUUUUGUAUUUUAAUUUUGACAUGCGGAGAUGUUUUUCAUCAAGAUCAGGAGGAAACAGAUCCAGUAAGAUCGGACUUCUCAGACUGGUGCCAAAAGCAAGAUGGCGCCUUUAAGGAUUUGCUCGAGGAGUGUUGCAAUAGGGUGAUUUUGUUUGAUAAUAAAACCAAAGACGAGAAAAAGAAAAAAGAACAAAUUGAUAAUUUAAUUCAAAUGGUUGAUGAGUUGAGAUUUCGCGAUCGACGUUAUACGGAAGUUCACUAUGAAAAGGCUCGGAAAAUCAAAGAUAAUGUGGCAGCCAAACCAAAGGUGCUCAAGACAAACGGCGAGACCACGGUCAAAGAAGAACGUCCAGUUGCUGGCCAGCCGCAAGUCUCACAUGAGACAGUAGACUUAGUCACACUUGACAAGAUGUUGAGUCAAACUAAUACUGUCCAGGUCUUACUGGCUAAGCAGGAUGAAUUUUCUGGAGCUCUUCAAGAACUUACUCAAACCUUGGAUUCUCUACAAAAACAGGUUUUUGAUGAAAGCGCUAUCUCUCGCAGACGUAUUGAAGAAAUACAACAAAUUCGACAACAGGAAGAAGAAAUGAAACAGGUAUUCGAUAAAGAGCUGAAAUAUCAAAGAGAGGAUUAUGAAAAUCAAAUUGAGGACUUAAAACGCGAUGAGUUACAGAGGAGGGAAAUAGAACGCAAUCAUCAGAAGAGAUUUGAAGAUCUGGUGCAACAGAGGCGAGACACGGAACGCGGACCUCAAAGGAUUCCCAGAGUAAUGGAACAAGCAGGACAAGCACAGCAAGGAGGGGGAACGUUUGACCUCAAAAAUAAUCUUUCGGAAAGCCUGAAACAGGUACAGGAAGGACUGAAGCAGGUGGAGAAUGCACAGAUAAACUUAAGUCAGCAGCCGUCUUAAGUUUAGGUGAUAAUCCCAGUGUUGCCUCAACCGUGUGUCAUUAAUGAGCUGUGAAAAAUCAAAGUUCCGUUAAUUUAUACACGUGUUGGCACCAUAACGCAGGUGGCGUUUAGG